AAAAAAUAGUAGUCUAGGUACAGGCUGCUAGACGUAUCCCAACUCCAACUCCGACUGCGAUUCACUUGCCUUUCGUUGUCAUUGAAGCAUUUUGUCAUGCAGAUUCAAUGCACCUGGCCAUCCCAUGAAAUGCGCUGGCCAUCCCAUGAAAUGCGCCUCAGCCCUUCCACAUUCCUCAACUUUUCCAAGAAUUUUUGUGCAGACUUUAACUUUAUCAGGACCAGAAGCGUAUUGACUCCUUGCCCUUCUUUCUCCGCCGCCAUGUCCACCGUUCCCACCCAAAACGAUGUCGUUCCGAGUCAAUCGGCGUCGGCCCAGCAGUCUUUACAGGUGGCAAAGCGCUUGGAAAAGUUCAAGACAACUAUCUUCACUCAAAUGAGUAAUCUCGCAAUUAAACAUGGAGCAAUUAACCUUGGGCAAGGCUUCCCCAACUUUGAUGGUCCAGAGUUUGUAAAGGAAGCGGCAAUUCAGGCUGUUAAAGAUGGGAAGAAUCAAUAUGCUCGCGGAUAUGGGGUUCCAGACCUUAACAAUGCCAUAGCUGAGCGAUUCAAGAAGGAUACGGGACUCGUUGUGGAUCCUGAGAAAGAAAUAACUGUCACCUCUGGGUGCACAGAGGCAAUUGCGGCAACUAUGCUGGGGUUGAUAAAUCCUGGUGACGAGGUUAUCCUCUUUGCUCCUUUCUAUGAUUCAUAUGAAGCUACUCUAUCCAUGGCUGGUGCUCAAGUAAAAGGUAUCACAUUACGUCCUCCGGAUUUUGCUGUUCCCAUUGAUGAGCUCAAGUCCACAAUCUCGAAGAAUACUCGUGCAAUUCUUCUAAAUUCUCCACAUAACCCUACUGGAAAAAUGUUCACUCGAGGGGAACUCGAUGUGAUUGCAUCACUCUGCAUUGAAAAUGAUGUGUUGGUAUUCAGUGAUGAAGUUUAUGAUAAGUUGGCUUUUGAAAUGGAUCACAUUUCACCGGCCUCUCUUCCUGGAAUGUACGAGCGUACAGUAACCAUGAAUUCCUUGGGAAAAACAUUCUCCUUGACUGGGUGGAAGAUCGGUUGGGCUAUAGCUCCGCCACACCUGUCAUGGGGAGUUCGGCAGGCACACUCUUUUCUCACAUUUGCUACCUCCACUCCAAUGCAAUGGGCAGCUGCAACUGCUCUUAGAGCUCCAGACUCCUACUAUGUGGAGCUGAAAAGAGAUUACCAGGCAAAGAAGGCGAUUUUGGUCGAGGGAUUGAAAUCUGUCGGUUUCAAAGUGUAUCCAUCAAGCGGUACCUACUUUGUGGUUGUUGAUCACACUCCUUUUGGACUGGAAAAUGAUGUUGCCUUUUGUGAGUAUCUGAUCAAGGAAGUUGGAGUGGUGGCAAUCCCCACCAGUGUAUUUUACUUAAACCCGGAAGAUGGAAAGAAUCUAGUAAGAUUUACCUUCUGCAAAGACGAAGGAACUCUUAGAGCUGCCGUUGACAGGAUGAAGGAGAAGUUGAGAAGAUAAUUCGAAUGGUCGGUUAGAAUAAAUGGAACUCAAACUUGUAAUAAGCAUCUGAACGGAAGGGAUCUUAUUCCUGUGCCCUGCAGUUUGAAGCCAUAGUUUUUAGACCUCUGUUAAAUAAGAUUAUUUAGCUUAUUAACUGUGUGGAAUUUUAUGUUUUUGUUGAAACAAACAAAAUCAGCAAGACAAGUAAUGAACGGCACGGAGCCUAUUAAAAUCA